GGUCCUCAGACUCGGUGGCGCCAGGACUUCACACACUUACAGGACGUGUAAAGACUUCAGUAACAGGCCAUUAUCCACCAAUCAUCUGAUCGAUCAGCUCUUAUAAAUAUGCAGAUUUGGCGGGAACUCGGGAACUAUAAAGGGACCGACCGGCUGAGGACCGCGACCCACAACCCGGACCCUCCUCACACAUCUGCAGGACCUCCACGUGCUCGGACCAUGAAGUUCUUCUCCGUGGACUGGCUGGCGCAGAGCCAUCACCAGGAGCGCGCCGUUGUGCACGCGCACAGACCCCCUCACGUCCCGUGCAUGGUGCAGCCGCGCGCGCCCACUUUUGGUCAAAGUCACUUACAGGCCAAGCCUAAAGCAUGGAAGCCCCCCCAGCAGCCGGAGGACAGGGGGGACCGGGAGGACCGGUCCAGCCUGAGCUCCUCACCCUGUCCGGAGGUGAGCGGGGACUCCUCGGGGUAUGAGAGCGAGGCCGCGUGCUCAGAGGGGGUCUCUUCUGUGGACGGGGGCUGCGAGGACGCGAGGCCGCGCCGCGCGCGCACCAAGUUCUCCCCGGAGCAGGUCAGCAGGCUGGAGAGGAUCUUCAGCAAACACAAGUACCUGGAYGCAGGUGAGAGGCUGAAGACUGCAGACAGGCUGGACCUGACGGAGACACAGGUCCGGACCUGGUUCCAGAACAGGAGGAUGAAGCUGAAGCGGGAGGUCCAGGACUUCCUGGCUCCUCAGAUCCCAGCCGUCAGGCUCCGGUACCAGCACGGCCCCUGCAGCGGACCGAGCCCCCCCUACCUGCUGCUGGGGGUCCCCCAGCUGCUGCUCCUGCAGCAGCAGCAGCUGCUACAGCAGCAACCUGCUCCUCAUCUCUGCUGAAACUGAAACACUUAAAACUCUUCAUGUGCAAUUUGACCUGUUACAAUAUUUAUACUGAAUAAAACUGGUUUCUACUGAA